AUAAAUUUGGGGAAUCACAUCCUUAUAGGCAUUGGCAAGGAACACUCCUCCUUGCUCUAGGUGUCAUUUCUCCUCACGAAGCGUUUGCUGUCUGCACACCGAGAAGCCAGGAUGAGAGCUCUCUUCAGCCUGGCUGUCCUCUGUUUCACAUUGGCCUCCUGCCAUGGAUUCUGCACUCAUGAUUUACUUAAAGUAGCGUUUAAAGAUGGCAAACUGGUGAAGCCAGAUGGGUGUGUCGAUAAAACUGAUGGCAGCAAGCACCCGUUCGGCUCUACCUGGAAUUCAGCUGAUUGCAUGGAAUGCGAGUGCCACAAAAGUGGAAUGUCAUGUUGUUCCAGAUACGGUGGUAUUGCAGUGGUUGAAGGGUGUAAAGGAGUGAUCGAUAAAGAAACUUGCAAAUAUAAGUUCUAUAAGAUUGAUGCCCCUUCAGAACCAUGUUCCUAAGCUAUGGAAAUUCAUUCCAGUCCCUCCAU